GGGGAGACCCUACCUAUAUAUAUAUAUUUUUUUUGCUUUUCUAUUAAAUGAAAGAAUGAGAACUGUACAAUUUACAGGGCCUCCAGGGCCAAAAGAGAAAUGAAGCUGAAAAUCCUCGAAUGAACGUGUCACGUGUGCAUCGGUUAAAUUAUCGAUUUAAUUCGGUUCCAACUUUUAUGAGCCAUUUCCCAACAUUUUUAUUACUACUCCUCCUCCUCCUCCUAGCUAGUGAGCGAUCUAGAGGCCCACGCGUCAGUGACCCGUCGUGACAACGCUUCACAUGCAAAACAAAAGAAGAGAGUCCCAUCCGUCUCUCGCUCUCAAGCGAAGCACAGCACGCAGCACCCAAUGGCCAAUGGCGAUGGCAAUGGAGCUCACGGGACCCCCGCCCCCGCCCUGCCCUCCCUUCGCACCACCUAGCUACUACAAGGAGCUGAGCUGAGCUGAGGUAGCCGCCGAUCCCACCCCCGGCCGGCCGCCUAGCUUGUACGUGUACUGUUCUAGCUAGCUGUGUCCGAACCACCGCACUAGCUCGUCGUGACAACGACGACAUGUCGUCGCCGGUGUCGGAGGCGGAGAUGUCGGCGGUGAAGACGUCGUCGAACGGGGUAUGGCAGGGGGACGACCCACUCCACUUCGCGUUCCCGCUGCUCAUCCUCCAGGCGCUGCUGAUCCUAGUCCUGAGCCGCUUCCUGGCCUUCCUGCUCCGCCCACUCCGCCAACCCAAGGUGAUCGCCGAGAUCGUGGCGGGGAUCCUCCUCGGCCCCUCCGCGCUGGGCCGCAACGCCGCCUACCUCCACGCGCUGUUCCCGCCGUGGAGCACGCCGGUGCUGGAGUCCGUCGCCAGCCUCGGCCUCCUCUUCUUCCUCUUCCUCGUAGGCCUCGAGCUCGACCUCCGCUCCGUCCGCCGCAGCGGCCGCCGCGCCUUCGCCAUCGCCGCGGCCGGGAUCUCCCUCCCGUUCGCGUGCGGCGUCGGCGUCGCCUUCGUGCUCCGCUCCGCCGUCCCAGGCGCCGACCAGGCAGGCUACGCGCCGUUCCUCGUCUUCAUGGGCGUCGCGCUCUCCAUCACCGCGUUCCCCGUCAUGGCGCGCAUCCUCGCCGAGCUCAAGCUCCUCACCACACCCAUCGGGGAGACGGCGCUCGCCGCCGCCGCCUUCAACGACGUCGCCGCCUGGGUCCUCCUCGCGCUGGCCGUCGCCAUCUCCGGGUCAGGUUCCGGUUCCGGUUCCGGCGGCGACCACCACCGUAGCCCGAUCGUGUCGCUGUGGGUGCUGCUGUGCGGGGCGGCGUUCGUGGCGGCGUGGAUGGUGGUGGUGAAGCCGGCGAUGGCGUGGGUGGCGCGGCGCGCGGACGCGGCCGGAGACGGCGGCGGUGGGGAGGCGUGGGUGGCGGUGACGCUGGCGGGUGUGCUGGCGUCGGGGUUCGCGACGGACGUGAUCGGGAUCCACGCCAUCUUCGGCGCCUUCGUGUUCGGGCUGACGGUGCCCAAGGAAGGAGGGUUCGCCGGGAGGGUGACGGCGAGGGUGGAGGACCUGGUGUCGGAGCUGCUGCUGCCGCUCUACUUCGCCUCCAGUGGGCUCAAGACGGACGUGGCCACCAUCCGGGGCGGCGAGGCCUGGGCGAUGCUCGCGCUCGUCAUCGCCACCGCAUGCGCCGGCAAGAUCGCCGGCACGUUCGGGGUCGCCAUGGCGUGCGGGAUGGGAGCUCGGGAGGCGAUCGUGCUCGGCGUCGUCAUGAACACCAAGGGUCUCGUCGAGCUCAUCGUGCUCAACAUCGGCAGGGAGCGCAAGGUUCUGAACGAGGAGACGUUCGCCAUCCUGGUGCUCAUGGCGCUGGUGACCACCUUCAUCACCACGCCCACGGUGAUGGCCAUCUACAAGCCCGCGCGCGCCGCCGGCCGCCGGCGCCUCCACCACCGCAAGCUCCAGGGCCCCGACCCUUCCGCGCCGUCCUCGCCGUCCGCCUCGGCCGGCGCCGGCGCCGCCAUGGAGCUGCGCGUGCUGGCCUGCAUCCACGGCGGUCAGGACGUGCCCGCGGUGAUCAACCUCAUCGAGACCAUCCGCGGCCACACGCAGCCGCGCCGCCUCGUCAAGCUCUACAUCCUCCGCAUGGUGGAGCUGACGGAGCGCACCUCCUCCAUCCUCAUGGCGCGCGCCGCGCGCCGGAACGGGCUGCCGUUCCUGCGCCCGCGCCGCGCGGGGGAGCCGCACGACCAGGUGGACGUGGCCUUCGACACGUACGCGCAGCUCGGCCACGUCCACGUCCGCGCCAUGACCGCCGUGUCCGCGCUCCACACCAUGCACGACGACGUCGCGGCAGUCGCCGAGGACAAGCGCGUCUCCCUCGUCGUCCUGCCGUUCCACAAGCGCCAGACGGGAGGACACGGCGGCGGCGACGACGUCGAGAACCUCGGCCCCGAGUGGCGCGCCGUUAACCGCCGGAUUCUCCGCGAGGCGCCCUGCUCCGUCGCCGUCCUCGUCGACCGCGGCUUCGGCGGCGGCGAGCAGGUCAGCUCGGAGCAGGUGGCGCACGGUGUCUGCGUCGUGUUCUUCGGCGGGCCCGACGACAGGGAGGCACUUGAGCUCGCCGGGAGGAUGGCCGAGCACCCCGGCGUGCAGGUCACUGUCGUGCGGUUCGUCGACGGCAAGGACGGCAGCGAGGAGCAGUCCGAGGUCACGCUGCGCCCGUCCCACACCAAGAACGCCGACCGGAGCUACACGUUCUCCACGGCCGUCGUCGAUGCCGCCAAGGAGAAGGAGCUGGACGAGGCGGCGGUGGCGGAGUUCCGGCAGAGGAUGGGCACCCUUGUGCAGUUCGAGGAGCGGGUGGUGGUCGGCAACGUGAUCGAGGAGGUGGUGUCGAUCGGGAAGAGCAGGGAGUACGGCCUGGUCGUCGUCGGCAAGGGCCGGCUGCCAUCCCCGAUGGUGGCGCAGCUCGCCGUCCGCCCGGCAGAGCACCCGGAGCUCGGGCCCAUCGGCGACGCGCUCGCAUCGUCCGGCCAUGGGGUGACGUCGUCGGUGCUCGUGGUCCAGCAGCACGACAUGAGCAACGCCGACGAGGUGCCGGUCUCCGUGGUGGUCGAUGGCCGUGCUCAGGACGGCGAGUUCGCCAAGGACAUGGCCGAGCCGUGAGAGCCUUUUUCCUCUGAAUCUGAAUGCUCUCGCUUCUAGCUCCUUGAUCCAGAAGGAUGAUGACGACUAAAAAUAUUGCUAUAGUUGCUGUUUAAGGUUUUCGCUAAUAAGCUUGUACUAAUCGUAUUAUUGUUAAGUGUGUCUUGCUUUUCUUUUGACAAGCAUUAUAUUGCUGCCGCUAAUACACUGUUUUCACUUGUUAGUUGUUUUUGUUUACCAAUGUUAAUACCCAAAUGUAUAAAGGUUUGUUCAGAUAGGCAGAGCUUGAUCUUUUCAGAUUAAACACUUCUUUUGGACGAACGUUAAUGAAGGAAAACUUUUAUUC